AUGAUUGUCAAGUCUGAAGAGAAUAUAAGAAUCCCCAAUGUGCCAAUACAUCAGCUUUCGUUGGAGAGUUUUCUGGAAACGGCGAGAAAGUCGCCAAACAGGAAGGCACUGGUAAGUCGAUGAACAAAAUUACAAUUUCUGCCGUAAUUACGCCAUAUUGCCAAAUAAUACAUAGGUCUUUACUUUGAAUAAAUCACCGGUCUUCUUAGAUUGACGCAACGACCGGGGAAGGCCCGACUUUCAGCGAACUCCACCGUGCCUCCUACUGUUUCUCCGCGUUCUUAAAAACCAUCGAUUUUGCGGAGCGCGAUGUCUGCGCCUUUGUCCUGCGGAAUUGCUGGGAAUUCUACCCGCUCUUUUUUGGAACUCUUCUGCGUGGUGGUGCUAUGACCCCAGUUAGUCCAUCGUUCAUGGAAGGUAGCUAUUAUGUUGUAUAAACAGCCUCUAAUCGUUUUAGACGAGAUUGCCAAACAACUGAUCGAUAGCAACAGCAAGGUUGUCGUUUGCGAGGCAAUAUCUUUGCCCAGGGUCAUUGCGGCGUUGGACGUUUGCAAGACUGUGAAAGUAAGAGCAUUUUACAAUACUGUUAGUGUAGUGACUUUGCAUGAACGAUCAAUCUACAAAUUGCUUUCAGAAAAUAAUAAUUGUCGGUAGCUACUAUGGAAUAAGAGCCAAUAAUUUGGUCAUGUUCAAGGACAUACUCAAACUCACCCCUGACUUUUAUGAGAGGCAAAAACGGCCAAACAUGGACAAGGAUAUCUGUUAUCUACCAUAUUCAAGGUACCUAUCAUGUAGAGAGAGCCUUUAUAUUGUUUUUCAGUGGCACUACGGGUCCUCCAAAAGGUGUUAUGCAUUGCCACAAGGCUGUGUUAACAAUGACCGAGGUUUUCCGACAGUAAGCUUCCUAGAAAAAUCUAAAAAUCUCUUUCAGUUAUAUUGUGAACCAAUCGCUACCAAAAAUUCAGCGUUUCUGGAACUUUGACAAUGAGUAUUUUCCUGGUAUCUUGCCGUUCUAUCACAACUUUGGGUUCAUCUCCACGUUGUCUACGAUCAUUGCCGGUGGAACUGUGGUCUACAUAAAAAAGUUUGAACCCGAAGGAUUCUUUGAGCUGCUCCAGAACUAUAAGGUAAUAUCAAAGGCUUAGAACUUGACUUGCUCAUCAAUAAUCUUGCUUAUAUAGAGUGGUUUAGGUGAAAUUCUCAUUUGUUGUCCCGCCAGUGCUUGUCUUGAUGUCCAAGACCCCUUUGCUGGACAAAUACGACCUCUCUAGUCUCCGUUUUCUGGUUUCAGGAGCAGCUCCAUUAAGUGGUGAUGUUAUCCUGACGGUGAAGAAGAGAUUACCAAACAUUGGCGACGUUGCGCAAGGCUUCGGAAUGACUGAACUGGCCUGCGCAGCGUUUGUUCCACAGUUCGGCGAAGGAAGCCCCAAAUCCAGUGGGAAAUUGUUGCCCAAUCUGGAAGCAAAGGUGACUUUAUAUGGCCGGAAAUUAAUAUAUGGCGUUUUUCCCUUACAUCUUGUUGAAAAAUUAUCCUUUUUUUGUAGAUCGUGGACCCCGAAACCGGUAAACUUCUUGGUCGGAACACGGUCGGUGAGCUUUGCGUUCGCGGUCCAACCCAGUUAAUUGGAUAUCUUGGACGCCCUGAGGCCACAAAAGACAUUUUUGACUCUCAAGGAUUCGUAAAAACUGGAGAUAUUGCAUAUUUUGACGAGCAGAAUUUUCUCUAUGUAGUUGAUCGACGAAAAGAGUUGAUCAAGGUGAAGGGGCUUCAGGUUGCUCCAGCCGAACUCGAAGCCCUCUUGUUGACUUGUAAAUUGGUGAAAGAUGCGGCAGUGAUUGGUGUGCCUGAUGAUAGGCAAGGAGAAGUGCCUAAAGCGUACGUUGUAAGAUUCUCGCCGAGUACAACAGAAAAUGAUAUAAAAGAGUUUGUGAAAAGUAAGGAUCUUUUUGCAUGUAAAAGUAUAUAUGUAUUUACAGGGUCUUUCAAGAAACGUGCAGGAAAGUAGGAGGCUAUAACUUUCGGCGGAGGCGGCGCAGAGAGCUCGUUUUUGGAGUAUGUAUUUUUAAGCGACAUUAUUUUUUGCCUACGAAAUAACAAGCUUUUAGAGUGCAAACUGAGGUCGCUACGACCUUCUGAAGUAGAGGCCUCUACCCCGAAAACCAGGUUUUUUCGGUUGAAAAUGAUCGUGAAAUUUCGGUCUUUUUCGGUUGAAAAUCACCAAGAAAUGUCGGAUUUUUUCGGGGGUUUCGAUAGAGUUGACGUUGAAAAAAAGGGAAGGAUGUUGCCAACACGUUGGAAAUUAAGCAAAUAUUCGGCUAGCCUCAACUUGGGGCAGAUUUCGAGUUUUUUUCAGUAUCUUCCACGAAGAAGCGUGACAUCAUUUAGGGAUUUGAGGAACCUGGAAUCGGCUUGCCAAGGCACCAGAAUGGCUGUGAAGUCUUAUAAAAGCUAGUCAAAGGUUGAAAUGGGCGUCAAAGGGCAGGAAUGACAACCAAACUUUUAAACUGCUAGCAAAAACUGGCUAGCCAAAGUGUCAGAAUGAAGAGUAGCCGAAUAUUUGCUUAAUUUCCAACGUGUUGGCAACAUCCUUCCCUUUUUUUCAACGUCAACUCUAUCGAAACCCCCGAAAAAAUCCGACAUUUCUUGGUGAUUUUCAACCGAAAAAGACCGAAAUUUCACGAUCAUUUUCAACCGAAAAAACCUGGUUUUCGGGGUAGAGAUGCCUCUACUUCAGAAGGUCGUAGCGACCUCAGUUUGCACUCUAAAAGCUUGUUAUUUCGUAGGCAAAAAAUAAUGUCGCUUAAAAAUACAUACUCCAAAAACGAGCUCUCUGCGCCGCCUCCGCCGAAAGUUAUAGCCUCCUACUUUCCUGCACGUUUCUUGAAAGACCCUGUAUAUGGAUAGUGGUAUUCUGUUAAAUUUCCAUCUCUUUAGGUCGCGUGGCCAAGUACAAGCAGCUGACUGGAGGCGUAGAAUUUAUUGACGAAAUCCCCAAAAGUCCCUCCGGAAAGAUUCUGCGCCGGGAAUUGAGGGAUCUGGAAAGCAAGAAGAAAACAAAUUCACUCGCUAAACUUUGA